CCCCCCCCCUUCCCUUUCUUUGUCUGCCCUCUCGCUUUCCCUUGUCAUCUUCCACCCCCUGCCCGUCCCUCCCCGCGGCCCCAGCACAUCGACUUGCUCCUCCUCCUCCGGCCAUGUCGCAGCCUCGCAAGCGGCACAACGUCAAGGGCCGCCAGCACAAGCGCGGUGACGUGCACGGUGUCGUGGUCACCGCCUCCGGCGCCAAGGUAACCAUCGACUCGAAUGCCGCGGUUCUCGACGCCAAUCUGAUCAACACCUCGGUCAAGCAGGAACAGCAAAAGAAGAAUGCCCAGAAUGACCUCCCUCCCGAGAAGCGCAUGACCUCCACGCAAAAGAAGCGCAUGGAGAAGUAUGUGCAAGCCCAACUGAAGAAGGAGGAGCGUGGCCGUCUUCUUGAGAAGCUCUCUGCUUCGGCCACUCAGGGCUCUGCCGGGGUUACCCUGCAGGAGACCAAGCACCUUUCGCGUAUGCUCAAGCCGAAGGUCGACAAGAAGCGUGCCUUCGGGGAAAUCGACUCGGCCAGCGAGUCGGAGGACGAGCCGGAGGACGAUAUGCCAGCCCUGCCGACCGUCCAUCUGGAGACUGUGUCGGCGCCGCGCGAGGUGGCCGACUUCGCCAUGACGCCAGCUGCCCCGGCUGCCGGGGCGCGUCCGGUCAAUGUGGCCCGGAUUGCGUCGGCCCAGCCGGCGCCCGCUCGGAGGUCAGAGCCGGCCACCGCUGCGGAGCCUACCCCUGCCCCGGCUCCGGCGACUGCCCCGGCGCCUGUCCCCGCGGCCGGUGUCCCCGCCACCGAUGCCCCCAUGGACACCGAUGCCCCGGUCGUCGCGGCGCCACGCCUCAUCUCCUCUACCAAGACCCACCGGAACAGCAGCGGCAAGGCCUUCUAUGUGACGGUCAACCGGAAGGCCGAGAUUCAGGAGGCCCGCAUGCGGCUGCCGGUCUGCCAUGAGGAGCAGCCCAUCAUGGAAAGCAUCAUGGAGAAUGACAUCGUGGUCAUUUCCGGUGAGACCGGCUCCGGCAAGACGACGCAGGUCCCGCAGUUCCUCUAUGAGGCGGGCUUUGGCCAUCCCGACAGCGACCGCCCCGGACGAAUUGCCAUCACCGAACCCCGCCGAGUGGCCGCCGUUAGUAUGGCCAAGCGCGUGGCCGAAGAGAUGAGCCUCUCGGACAAGAAGGUCUCGUACCAGAUUCGUUACGAGGGCACGGUCAGCGACGAGACGUCCAUCCUCUUCAUGACCGAUGGUGUGCUGCUCAAGCAAAUCUCCACGGAUUUCCUGCUGACUGGCUACUCGGCCAUCAUUAUCGAUGAGGCGCACGAGCGCAACCUCAACACCGACAUUUUGAUCGGCCUCCUUUCGCGCAUUGUUCCCCUGCGUCGGAAGAUGAUGGAGGAGCAGCGCCAAAUGGGCCUGAAGAAGACCAUCAUGCCCUUGAAGGUGAUCAUCAUGUCGGCUACCAUGCGCGUGGCUGAUUUCACCGAAAACACGCAGCUCUUCAAGACCCCGCCGCCGGUGAUCAACGUUGACGCGCGCCAAUUCCCGGUCACCGUGCACUUCAACCGCCGUACCCCCCUCGACGGCCAUGUCGACGCGGCCUUCAAGAAGAUCUGCAAGAUCAACCGGCGCCUGCCGCCAGGCGGCAUCCUGGUGUUCCUGACUGGUCAGGACGAGAUCACCGAUCUGUGCAAGAAGCUGCGCAAGAAGUUCCCGGAAAAGGCUCUGACCAGCGAUGCUGAGGAGUCGACCACUUCGGCCAACGCCCAGGCCGCCGAUCAGGGUCAGGCAUCGAGUGAUGUCUUCGAUGAAAUCGAGCUCAACCCGAACUUCGCCGAUGAUCGCGAUGACUUUGAUGAUGCCAAUGACGACACGGCCUUCGACAGUGCCGACGACUCGGAGGAGUCCGGCGACGAGGAUGACGAGCUCCUGGAAGAGGUCAUCACCCCGGAUGGCAAGGCCACCCCCCUCCACGUCCUGCCCCUUUACUCGAUUUUGGCCCCGGAGAAGCAGAUGCUUGUCUUCGAGGAGCCGCCCGCCGGCACUCGGCUGUGCGUGGUGGCCACCAACGUCGCCGAGACGUCGAUUACCAUUCCCGGUAUCAAGUACGUGGUGGACUGCGGCAAGGCCAAGCAGCGGAACUAUGACAUGAACACCGGCAUCCAGACCUUCAACGUGAGCUGGAUCUCCAAGGCCUCGGCGGACCAGCGCUCCGGUCGUGCCGGCCGUACCGGCCCGGGCCACUGCUACCGCCUCUUUUCCUCGGCCGUGUUCGACAACCACUUCCCACAGUUCUCCGACCCGGAGAUCGUCGGCAUGCCAAUCGAAAAUGUUGUCCUGCAGAUGAAGUCCAUGAACAUCGACAACAUCGUCAACUUCCCCUUCCCAACGCCACCGGCCCGUCGGGCCAUUGAGAAGGCCGAAGAGCUCCUGGUGUACCUUGGUGCUCUGGAAGCCACCUCCAAGAAGAUCAUCCAGGCCGGCAAAGUCAUUGCCUCUUUCCCCAUCUCGCCGCGCUUUGCCAAAAUGCUCAUCCUUUCCAAGCAGCGGAAUUGCUUGCCCUAUGCAAUUGCCAUUGUGGCGGCCCUGACCGUGGGUGACCCCUUCAUCCAGGAGACUUUCAUCGAGGGAGACGGAAAUGACGAGCUUGACGCCAUGGUCCAGGAGGCUUCCAGCACCGGUGAGGAGGUCAAUCCCCAGCUGCUCAAGCAGAUCGCCCAGGCGCAGAAGAAAAAUCGCCGGGUGCAGUAUCUCCAGGCUCAGGCGAAAUUCACCUCCGGCACGCUGCGCAGCGACGCCCUCAAGUACCUGCGGGCCAUCAUUGCCUAUGACGAGGCCGCGGACCCGGAUGCCUUCUGUGAGCAGUAUCUCCUCCGGCCGAAGGCCAUGAACGAGAUUCGCAAGCUUCGUCGGCAGCUGACCAACCUGGUCAACUCGGUGGACAGUCACGCCGGGGCCACCAUGCCGCUGACCAUGCCGCUGCCGUCUCCGGAGCAGGAGCAGCUCCUGUGCCAGGCCCUCUUCUGCGGGUUUGUGGACCAGGUGGCCACGCUGAGUGAUGCGGCGGCCGCGGCGGCCGUUGCCGGCCCCAAUGGCCUGCCUCGUGGGACAGGCACCGCCAGCCGGCCCUAUCAGACCAUGUUCCAGGAGGAGCUGACAUACAUUCACCCGACGUCGUGUGUGGCCCGGCGGGCUGGCGGCCCGGCUCCGGCGUUCUUGGUCUUCCUGGACCUGGUUCGCACGACCAAGCGCGUCCAGAUGAAGACCUGUACGGAAGUCCGGCCGACAUGGCUCGCGCGCCUGGGCGCCGGCCUCUGCCAGUAUUCGGACCCGUUGGAGAACCCGCCGGCGCGGUAUGUCCCCGAGCGGGACACUUUGGUGGCCUUUUGCGAGGGUCUCUACGGCCCCCGGAGGUGGAUUCUGCCGGUGGUGGAGAUCCCCCACCCGGCUGGCUUGGACCGGAUGAAGCUCUUCGCGCGGCACCUGCUCGAGGGUGAUGUGGCCUUCGGCCUGCGGGAGCACGCGACCGCCGAUCGCCUUAUCACCAAGCCGCUGGUCAUCCAGAAGCCGUGGACCCAUGCGCGGUCUGUGGACUUUGUCCAGGCCCUGGUCCGGGAGAAGGUCGACUCGAAGCAGGCUCUGCGUCGGAUUUGGCUGCGCCAGCCGAAGUUCCUCCUGAAGGAGUACCUCCUCUGGGUGAAGCCGGAGUUCCAUACGGCCGUGUCGGCUACCUGGCCGCCGGCCCUCGACCCUCCGGUGGCUCCCUCUGCUUCGGAUGUGGCGAUGCGCAUUUGAAGGAGCGCAUGCUCAACCAGCCACGGUUGGAGGCGCCUAAAUGCUCUGCCAUUCCAUCCCUUCACUAGCCUCCCCCCCCCCCUCCCUCACACAAAAUGUGGGGGACCGAAUAGACUGCUGCUCGUACGCGAGGAAUGGCUCG